AUGGCGGACAACUUAGACGGAUGGGCGGUGGUUGAUGACAGAGACCCGAGCAUUCAAUACGACGAGGGGCUCUGGAGACCCGUCAAGAUAGGCCCAACAAACGGUGUUGGGAUUGAUACAACCUACAAUGGGUCGGUGAUGCAGCCCGUAAUCCGCGGCGGCAUGAGCUUCAAAUUCAACGGCGGUGACGGGCGUGUCCUAGCAAGCGUCGCGGCUGCGACGGAGCGAAAUAUCACAGAUGAGACGAUCAUGAAUUCGAUGUUCAGCUGGGAAUGCUUCAUCGACGGACGACAAGUCGACUCUGGCGCCCUUUCUGACAUCGAGAAGGGCCAGAAUAACUACGAACUCUGCCGGUGGCGAGGUUUCUCGAUCGCAGAAAGGGCGCUGACGGUGAACGUCUCAACGCAAGAGUGGCCCUUCGGUAUCGACCGCAUCGAAUACGUCCCAGCUGUGCGCGGAGGCUAUACUAUUGUUGACCCUCUCAAUCCACGUAUCAGCACGGAUGCCUUCCGCAACGAGACCUCUCGCGAAGUACGUAUGAAUGCGAACGGAUCCAAGAUGACGUACGAAUACUUUGGUACCGCCGUUGCUUGCCACGGAAAGAUCGAAGGCUCGACGCUUCCAAGCUCAUCGGCCACUUACCAGGUCGAUGGAGAAGAUCCAGUCUCUUUUGACGUUCCAGGAAGUUCGGGGAUAGAAACCACGGGUUUGCAACUUUUCGAAACGCCAACAAGGACUUCGGGGGCGCAUACAUUGACCGUGACGUACACCGGCUCUCAGGCUCGCAUGCCCCUCGUUGUAUCGUCUUUGAUCGUACAAGAAGAUCCCAAUGUUCCUUUCCUUCUUCCGCUCCCAGUCCAUCGCCCGGUGACUCAGGUUCUUCAAGUGUCGGCGUUAGUCGGAACACAAGUUCAUCGCUUGCGACUAGCGCGACGGGAUCUGGUGGCACGAAGAUUCCGAUAG